UUAAGUCAUAAUUUAAUUUUUUUCUCAGAUAAAUCAUAUUAAAUUUGCUCUUCAAAAUUAUAUCAAAUAUAUUUAUGAAACAAAAAAAUUGAAAUAUUUAGUACCAGUUUAUACCAUGGUGGUAAUGCUUGGUAUUAGAUAAUUAAUAUCAUACUAUGUGGUAUGGAAGUGUACCAUGUUGGUAUGGACAUACCAUAGUGCAGGAUGGUUGAAUACAUUAUUGUCGGAAUAUAUGAACGAUCGUUUAUCACAUUCAUCUUUCUUUACCACCAGUUACCACCCCUAUACCAGGGUGGUAUGAGGUGGUACAUUUUGGUCCUCCAUAUUUUUUUCAAGAAAUUUGUCGAUCCAAUAUAUCACGAAUAACUUUUUCCUUCUUUGCAAAAUUUUCAAAAUUAUAGUUAAAAAUGAAGGUGGUAUCACAAUAAACUCCUUCAAUCUGUGCUAAAAAAAUUCAAAUACGAAUUAGAACGAAAAAGAAUAAGAACCCAUCAGAAAAAAAAAACUAAAAGAAUAAAAAGCUAUUAAUUUUCACUCUUUAGAAAUUGGAAUGGGCCCAAUUUAACUCUAACACCUAAUCUUAAUUCUAUUUUUACUUCAAUUCCUUUGAAUUAUUAUCAAAGCCUUAAUCCGGGCAGGCGGGCAGCCGUAUGACUCCUCCCCAGCCUUCCUUUUUAUAUCCCCCACCAGCCACGAACAGUCCUAAUCUCCCUCUUCUUCUUCCUUUCCCACCAUUCCAACAAUCAAAUCUUUUUCCCCACAUUUGAAAAUCUCCCUCUUCUUCUUCUCGAUUAGGGUUUCCAAUCACUUCCCUUUUCUUCCUUUCUCUGGGUUUUCCCCCUCUCGUCCAAAGUUUCCAUCUUUAUCAUUCCUUCUAUCAAGAUCGAUUAGGGUUUAAAGGAAGGAGAACCCAUUUCCUUCCAAUCAAAGUUUCUCGUACUUACCUUAGAUAGACAAACCCCUUUUUGUUUUUCCCCAAAGAUUCCUUCUUCCUUAAACCCACACAGAGAAAUUCUCAACCUCCCCUGUUUUCUCUUUCCUUUUCCCCUGCCUCGUCAAAAAUGGCUCCGGCUUGUAAUACCAGGAGAAGAAGAAGAGUCAAAUCCAUCAGCACCAUCCCCAAAUCGAAGCCAAGAACAACAACAGCAGCGGCAAAGAAAUCAACAACAGCGAAGAGAAGAUCAAAUUCCACUCGCAGAACAAAGAUGGAGAGAGAAGCAGCUCAUUUAGCAACCGCCACUUCUUCUGCUUCUUCCAGCUCCUCUGUUUCGGAACAUAUCAUUGAUGGAGGGUUCGAGGAGUCCAGUAUUAUCUUCAAUGGAGGGCUCGAUUCCAAAAAUAUUGAUGUUGUUGGGAACGAAAGCAGUAGCAUAUGCUCGACUCCAAAAGGCCGGAGGUUUCGGAUACCGAAGAUAAAUUCCUGCCCGCCGGCGCCAAGAAAGAAACAGAGAGACACCGACGAUGAUGCUCUGUUUUCAUCUUCACAACGCUCCAAUUGCUCUUCGUUGCAGAGAAGGCCCAUAGCGUUCUUCGCCCCGCCCGAUCUCGAGCUCUUCUUCUUCUUUGCCCGCCGACACAUCUCAGUUUGAAUGGUUCAACGUUAGUGUUUGAAACUUUUUUUGUCCUUGUUUUUGGUAUGUAAAUACAGAAGUGGAUUGAUCUUUCUCUGUUUUCCAAUUGAACACUAAGCUAUAGUGUGAUGAUGGGAAAAGCAACAGAAUGGCCUUAGGAAAUGGUCACUGCUCUCUUAGAUUUUAACCCUCAUCUGGGUAUUAGUUUAACUUGUUGUUUUAACUUACAUUUUGGUAAUUUUACAGUGUGGUUAGUAGUUUGGCUGACUCAGAGAGGCAGGGGAAGAGAGAGUUUUUUAAUAGAGAUGUGUUUGAAGCUUGUGAGGUUCAUUAAUGGCGUUGGUGUGAAUUUUUCUUUACUGUUAUUUGAUAAGAUUUUCUAAUCUCUAUGCAUAUGUUUAUGACCAGUUUCUUCAUCUUCUUCUUUAUUUCAUCCACUUGGUUUAUGUGUUCAUCACAUGGUAAUUAAUCAAAGUAACUCCUCUUAAGUAAUUAAGCAUUCACCGCUGAAGGUAAUCACUUUUAGACGUCAAAUAUUGUGUUAUAGAUGGUAGUUGUCUCCUAACUAUUUUGGUUUGUUACUGACAUUGAACUUGAUUAACAAGGUGUCUAUCGGCGGAAAAACGACUUUUACGCUCAGAACGAUGCUUAUUAUCUAGCAUAACAUAUUUAUUUCUCUCGAGUAAAAGCCCGUAACCACGAAGAGAUUUUACUUUCUUCUAAUAAGUGGUGUCUAGCUAGCUAACCAUGAAAUUUUUUCUUGCACAAUCAUAUCGUAUUGACUGGCCAUGUCGAAGAUAUCAUGCACGCGAAGCUACAACAAUUUUCUAUUAAUCCAUAUGAAGUUGUUUAGUAAACUUACACCAUGUUUUCAAUAUUUUGUUCAUAUCAAUGGAUCUCUCAUAUGAUUUCACAAAUAUUGAGUUUCUAUACAAUCAUGUUCUAGCUCUUGACAUUAUAAUAGAAUGGCAAAUCUCCCUUUCCACCAAAACCGCGUUGAUACUCUUCCUCUUUUUCCCUUCUUCUUCUUCUUCUUUCUGGUUAGCAAGCUAUGAGUGCUAUGAAUUGCUUUCCAUGGCAGAAAGUGAUAAAAAGAAGUAGAAAGAAAGAAUAAAAGGCUGAGAAAUUAUAUUCCUGGUGGGGAUAGUGUGACAGAGGGCCACCUGAAAAUGGUGGAAUGGAAGGAUCAUCAUCAUCCCAAAGUGCAAAAAUAAACAAUAUGGCCAGAGAGAGCAGAACAAUGUCUGCAAUGGGCUCAAAAUGGAACUAUAACUAAGAUAGAAAAGAAACUGAACAAUUCCAUCAGCUUUUCUUUGUUAAACUUUUCUUCUUCCUUUCCACUCAGCAUGUAAAAUUACAUGCUUUUGCUAAUCUAUGUCAUGAUAGAGAAUGCAGCUUCCAUCAAUCAGCUUAGAAUGUGGAUUUGAGAAGAGGGUUCAUGUGGAUUGAUAAUAUCACACACUCUGAAUCACAUAGUUUAGUAAUUGCAUUUGUAGAUGUAUAUAGUGGUUCGAAUCAUUGAAUAGUGUCUAAACAUGUUCAAAUCUUAGAGGUCAUAUGAAAGAAAGGGAAUUGUAAUAGGAUCAAUUUAAUUUAACUAUCUCGUUUGCUAGAAAAAACUGGAUGAAUCAAUCUAGUCGGAAUAAUUUGGAAUUGAUCUA